GUUGUCAAUGUCACAUACAGUUACUUUGGAAUAAACAGUGUGUAUUCCAUCAUUCCAUGAUGUAAACUACAUGAAAAAACAGAUCUUACAUAUUGACCAGUAUAACUGCACGGAAUGCCGAAUUGUUGGGCGAAUGAAAGUUAAUCCUGUUGAAUCGCCAGUUCCGAGAAGAAAUCAUGUUUUAUGUGAUAGGAUUAGGUCUAGGUGACGCUAAGGACGUCACCGUCAAAGGGCUCGAAAUUAUUAAAAAAUGCGACCGCGUCUACCUGGAGUCUUAUACUUCUGUCUUGACAGUACAGCAGGAAAUCUUGGAAGAAUUCUACGAACGUUCCUUGAUAGCGGCAGACCGCGAACUGGUGGAGAACAAUGCAGACGAGAUACUGCCAAAGAAAGAAGAUGAAGAUGUUGCUUUUCUGGUUGUAGGAGAUCCCUUUGGGGCUACCACUCAUACAGAUCUAGUUCUACGUGCAAAGGAGAAAAAUAUAGAGGUAAAAGUCAUACAUAAUUCGUCAAUACUAACUGCAGUUGGUUGCUGUGGCUUGCAAUUGUAUUCAUACGGAGAAAUCGUUUCAAUUCCAUACUGGAUCAACACUUGGCAGCCAGAUAGCUUUUACGAGAAGAUAGCUUCCAAUAGACAGAGAGGGCUGCAUACACUCUGUCUCUUAGACAUCAAAGUUAAAGAGCCUACCUUAGAAAGUAUUACGAAGAAAAAAAAGGAGUACAUGCCACCAAAAUUCAUGAGUGUCAAUGAAGCUGCUAGUCAAUUGAUAACGAUACUGGACAAUAAGAUUCAGAAUGGUCAUAAAGAUUUAGCGUUCACAGAGCAAAGCUUGGUGAUAGGCUUAGCGCGAGUGGGAUGCGAGGACCAACACAUUGUCGCUUGUUCCUUACAAACUAUGACACAAGUAAACUUGGGUCCACCGCUGCAUUGCCUUGUUAUACCGGCUGAAAAGCUCCAUCCUCUUGAGCUAGAAUUUCUAAUACAAUACGCUCUCGACAAGGAUCAGUUCAAAGAAAUAACGCAACAAGCAUGA